GCGUUGUUCAGAGCUUCCUUCCGGGAACCGGGCCGCUUCGGCCGUCUAGAGCCGCAAGACUCCGUUCGGUCCCCGCUCCUGCCCUCCGCCCGCUGCCUCCGCGCCUGGAUCACCUGCAAAUCUGAGCUCGUUACCUACACUGCUUGAUCUCUGUGUCUUGCUGUGAGCACUGCGACCAAGUACAGAGAAGACCGAAGCGUGUGUGAGUGUGUGACUGCCCAGUCCUGACCUCACAGAACUGAUGAGGAACAAGGAAGGCGCACGGGGUGGAAGAAGCGUGCAGCACCAGAUACAUCCUUGUCCCGUGAUGAGAAGGGGAUUUGGCAGGUUCCCCAGCUAAGAUGGCGGCACUGAAGCUUAGCCAGGUUGCUGAGAGCCAUGGUUAGCAAGAGCACUCACCGAAGUCCCCCUGAAGUGCUCCCUGUCGGCCUCGCCUCUCAGGUUCCCAGUGCCCCUGGCCAGGUGGAGCAGAAAACUAUCCCCGCGCCGGUCAUGCUGAGCUCUUACCCCGAUGGCUGCUCCUCGAGGUCAACUCUGGGCCUCCUCCCAGUGCCCAGGCUGGCAGCGUUAGUUCCGAGCCCAACACAAUGGCAUCGUCGUCGCCUUCCCACCCAGUGCCUCGCCCACAGCCCAGGAAGCCUGUGGGCAGGGUGGCUGACUGGUUCAGGCAGGCCCUGCUGAAGAAGCCUAAGAACGUGCCCAUCUCCUCAGAAAGCCACCCCAGAGGCGAUUCGCACCUGGCCUCACAGGACAGCGCCUCGCCCCCGAGCCUCUGCUCGGUCAGGUCUUCUUCCCCGCCACCAGCACACGUGGACAUCAGCAGCAGUGGCCGCUGGAGCAAGGACUACGACGUGUGCGUGUGCCACAGCGAGGAGGACCUGGCUGCUGCCCAGGAGCUGGUCUCCUACCUGGAAGGCAGCUCUGCCCGGCUGCGCUGCUUCCUGCAGCUGCGGGAUGCAGCCCCAGGCGGGGCCAUCGUGUCUGAGCUGUGCCAGGCGCUGAGCAAUAGUCACUGCCACGUGCUGCUCAUCACCCCAGCCUUCCUCUGUGACCCGUGGUGCAAGUACCAGAUGCUGCAGGCCCUGACCCAGGCCCCAGGGGCCGAGGGCUGCACCAUCCCCUUGCUGUCAGGCCUGACGAGAGACGCGUACCCUGCUGAGCUCCGGUUCAUGUACUAUGUGGACUGCAGAGGCCCAGAUCAGGGCUUCCACCAAGUCAAGGAAGCUGUUAUGCGCUAUCUACAGACGCUCAGCUGAAACUUCUUGUGUGGUCAUGGGACCCAGAAAGUUGAGCUCAAGCGGGAAAUACCUCGUACAAGGCUGCAAAUUCCAGGAGAGAUGUCAGGAGGCUGCAGGAGCCAGUGUCUGCUGUGCUUUGUACAUGACCCUGGAUCAGACUGUCCGUUAGGCCUCCAUUACUAUCAGCUCCCCAGGAAAGCCACAGGGACGUGGGGGACUUCCCCAGGAAGGCCAGAGGAUGUUGGGGACUCCCCCAGCAAGGCCAGGAAGAAGCUGGGGACAUCCCCAAGAAGGUCAGGAGAAAGCCAGAAAUUGAAGGUGGUGAGGUGGGUGCUAAUACUUGGAGGAGCAGCAGUGUUUGGUGUGCUGCCGAAUUGGACAGGAAGUCUAGCACACACCUGCGUCCUUCCCCGGGAUGGGCUCUGGUGCACACAGGCCUCCUUCCCAGUGAUGAGCUGGAAGCUUAAGUUGCAGCCUCAGCAUGAAUACUCUUUCCGCUGUAUGGGGAAGUCCCAGAACAGGCGUCAGGAGAAAGUAACAGAUAUCGAGUCCUUCAGGCUCACACUACUGCUGUCCUCUCUCCCGGAGACAUCAACUUGCUUCCAAACGCUAGGUGGAAGUGCAUUCAGCACUGCACUUUAUUUUUGCAUGAUCGCCACUGAAAUGCAAGCCCAGAGCCAGGGGAGAAGCCGGGGGUAGGGUGCGUGCCUAGCACGCAUGAGGCUCUGGUUUUCAGCCCCAGUGCCAAAAGCUUAAAAAAGAAAACAGUGCAAACCUAUGAGUCAUUCUGAAUGUACUGGAAACGGGGGCAGCAGGUGGGGAGAAGAGAAGGAAGCUGGAGUUCGGGGCUCAGCCCCUUCGCCUGGUUCAGAGCCUCACUGAUCCUUGACAACCCAGGGCUUCAUCGCAGGGCCGGCUUAGAGCCAAGGCAUUCACUGCAGCUGUCUUCACCUUUGGACUGAGAGGAAUCAGCAUUUUUCUUCUGGGAGAAGCCUGCGCUCUUCGUAGGUCAGCCAGGUUUCUUGCGUCUGUGCCCAGUAAGUUUGUUGAACUGAAUGUUUCUCUCCCAAUGCACUUUAUGCCCCUUUACUCACUUCCCCCAUCACAUCACCCCCUUUUUUUUUUUUUUUUUUGUCUUUGUCUUUUUAGACAGGGACUCUCAG